AUGUCUCGCUCCAACCAACUGCUAGGUGUGCGUUACCCCCCUCGCCCCGGGACCGGACUACAGGUAGUGUACCCUGGGCCGCAUCAGGAUGCCUGCAGGUCUUCGUGCAGCGCAAGCGACGUGGGGGGGAUUGUGUACCCGGAGACGCGCUACAAGAAAGCUUUCCUGAUUAUAGCGAAAGAGGGGAUGGAAGAAUGCAAAGCCAACGAGAGAACAAUUUCCUCUGUGCAUCUCCAAGCGCUGCGUUUCACCCGCCGAACCCCGGAGCCUGCCGAUGGUGUUACUCGAUGGCUAAGGGUAAGAGAAUCACAGCAAUUCCGCCGAAGUCGCAUUCUCCCCCUUCCCGUCUUCGCCCAAAUUUUAUUCCCCCUUGGCGUUCUAGCGCACGUUCCUUACACCUACGGCGGCGGCUGGGGAGACACGGGGGGCCUAUCCACUGCAUCCCUCUCACUCUUUCGGUACCCCGCAUUCGACUCGAUCGGCAUGCCGAUUUGCUGGGCCCCAGCCGUGUGUCUGCGCGGGCGGCGGCCAACCCAUCUCAGGGUCCAACCAACCAUGAACCCGGCAUGGCACUUUGCCUUUUCCUUCUCUGUGACGCUUGCUCGCUCAAUGUCUGUCCUACCCUGUCUUGGGUUGUCCGAUGUUGCCUUACUUUGCCUUGCCUCUCAUCCUCGGCCUACUAGAUACACCCGGCUGAGCCGUGCACACCACCACUUAUACCACUUACCGAACCACAACCAUUACGGACAGACAAGGGGUCCAAGGCUCCGAAGAGGGUUGGCUGGGUUGAGAACACAAUUCUCAAACAAGCUACAUCAGCUCUCAACGCUCACAAACCAUCAUCAACAACACCAACACCAACAAAUAAGUCGCCAACAUGCCCGUCGCUCCCUCCUGCUGCAAGUGCGGAAGCAUGAUCGUCAUCAGCAACUCGUGCCCGUCCUGCGGCCACCACGAGAUGAAUCGAAAAGUCUUCCAGCACGACGGUGUCUACAUUCUACCGAGAGAGACUACGAGGCCCAAAGCGAAAAGGGAAAACCUUACACCACGCGCACCCACAUCAACCAGGCUGGCAAAUGGCCCCCACCACUACCACCCAAGCCGAUGAAUUCCGAGCUUUCAUCCACCAGGCACCUCAAGCUUUUUUACCACAACCUCGCAGCCUUGAGGGUCCAACGAAAAUUUUUCGGCGCUACAUCAGCAAACGACCUACACGGCCACCCCGUAGACGGCGGGUUCCGGAGACGGAAUAUUCGGAGUAGAGGCUACCAUUUCCUUCCUCCCGCCUCUGUGCACAAGGGCACGUGUCUCUGCUCAUUGGGACUUCCUGCGCCAAGUUCUGUUCAACGUACCGUUACAGCUAGGCGCGACGAUGCCGGGAAAAGUGGCUCUCAUACAGCGGUGCUAGCGCCGGGUCUUGGUCUUCGCAAGUCUCCUCCCACACGGAAUCACGGACCACAACGGCCCACGCCCAUCGUGGAACCCCGUGGCACGUUGCCGCUGCCCGCGUCUAGUCUGGUGCUUGCUACGAGCUCGCUGCGAGCUUCCUGCGAGAGUCUGAAUGGGGGUGUACGGAGCAUGCACGGAGCCUUCCCCCGUCUAAUCAACGUGCAUGUGCCCAUGUACCGUAGGCUUGCCGAGGUUCUGGUGAAUACUACAUAA